CACGAAUAAACGUUGAAAGCUUCUCGUAGCUGGCAAACGUGCGUGUCACAAAUUUAGAUGACGAGCGAGAAGAAUCACAAAUCGGCUAACGACGAUGUCGAGGGCGACACGGUGACGAUUAAAACAGCACCUCCGCCAGCCGCUUCGCUAAUUCAAAGUCAACAGAGAUCGUCAGAUUUGGGAAAAAGAUCGUUGAAUAUAUCGAGAGACAAAACUUUACCUAUAACAAUGUUUUAAGCACUGCAGCAUAACAACUAACGAUCGUAUACCUGCGUAACACAUUUUUGUGCAUCAUGGAAAAAGAUAAGUCGCGAUCAAGUUCAAUGGCGAUUGCAAGGCAGAAUUUCAGGAAUGUCGACUUAUGUAAAGAUUGUGCAAUUUUUUGUGUGCACUAUUUACUAUAGUUGUAAGAGUAUUUCAAAUUCUUUCCUGUUGAUGUAUUUUACUUCAAAGAAAUCUUGAUGGCAUUGCACAUACAUUCGACGUAGUGCACAAAUAUAGAUAACUUUCAUUUAUUUUUUUUUAAUUCAUAAAUUUUGUUUUGAGAUUACAAGAUUGACUCAACCGUGUUAUGAAGAUAGACAAUUUUGAUUUAUAAUAGCAUUGCGUAAAUUCAUGGCAUCUUAGUCGACGAAGCUUUUGCAAAAUAUAUGUACAUUGAUCACAAGCUCGAUGUCAUCUAUUCAUUAUGAUGCCUUUUGGUCAGCCAAGCGUCUUCUGUUAAAUGAUUUUGAGCCAGUUUAUAUUGGAAUGGACAAUUUAGGCGAAUAUGCAUGCCCAAGUAGUGCGGCGGAAACACGGUCAUUGGGGCUUGCGAGAUAUUUCUCGAUAAGAAAACAAGAAAAUCGCCGAGAUUUAAUGGCUGUAUUUUUGUAGCUGGCUUUGGCGCUAGGCACCUGCAGGUUUUCCUCAUGUUUCUCGGUAUGAUGAUCGCCUACGGAUUAAGAGUUAUUUUGUCGGUAGCGAUCGUUGCCAUGACCAAGCCAGAAACUGCCAAUCCAGACUUCAAGGCCUACCAUUGGAACAACAGCGAGCAAUCGCUGGUGCUAAGCUCAUUCUUCUGGGGUUAUGUCAUAACGCAAGUGCCAUGCGGUUACUUUGCGAGUACGUGGAGUGCUCAACGUUUAUUAUCCAUAGGUUUGCUAAUUUGCGGUCUUUUGAGCAUCGCCAUACCACUGGUAGUCGACGAUGGUGGCUGGAUCGCCGUUUGUGCCUGUCGUAUGGGCAUGGGGCUGUGCCAGGGUUGUGUAUUACCCGGCAUACAAACGCUCUUGGCAAGGUGGGUGCCUCCCUCCGAGAGAGCUCGAUUAGGUACCUUCGCUUACGCGGGUGGCCAACUGGGAACUGUAAUAACGAUGCCGAUCUCCGGUCUAUUAGCCGGCUCGAGUCUCGGAUGGCCAAGCAUAUUCUACUUGUUUGGUGCACUUGCGAUUAGCUGGGCUACACUUUUCUUUGUUCUUGGUGCUGAUGAACCAAAUACAUGUAAGAAAAUCAACGACAAUGAGAGACUCUACAUCCAGGAGAGCCUUGGAAAAGCAUCCGGUAGCCAGGACAAAAAGAAACUACGAACGCCAUGGAACGAAAUUUUUACGUCAUUGCCAAUGUGGGCUCUCAUUAUUGUACAUUGUGGUCAAAAUUGGGGAUUUUGGAUGUUGUUGACUGAAAUGCCAACGUACAUGAGUGACAUAGUUGGAUUCAGCAUAAAAUCGAAUGGUUUAAUAUCAGCUCUGCCGUACCUCGCUAUGUGGCUGCUAAGUUUCCCAGCAAGUUGGUUAUCAGAUUAUGCGUUACGUCGAGGUGUAACUCGUGGUGUGAUCCGCAAGAUAAGUAAUACCAUCGCUCAUUGGGGCCCAGCUUUAGCAUUGAUUGCUCUCUGUUUUGUCAGCGCCAAUAACCAAAUAUUACCGGUUGUACUAUUGAUCAUUGCCGUCGGUCUUAAUGCUGGAUCACUCUGUGGUUUUCAAAUCAAUCACAUUGAUCUGAGUCCAAAUUUCGCCGGAACUAUGAUGUCCAUCACGAAUUGUAUUGCGUCAAUUAUUGCCAUUAUUGCGCCUAUCAUUGUCGGUUACAUCGUUACCGAUCAGAAAGACGUUGGUCAAUGGCAAAUUGUAUUCUACAUGUCUGCUUUCAUCUAUUUCUUGGGCAAUUUCAUAUUCAUCAUUUUUGGUAGCGGCGAGGUUCAAUGGUGGAACGAUCCUUCAUCGAACUCUAACAGACAGCCUACACACUCAUAUAAGCUCGCAUCGGCUCCCACUGUUUACAAUCCAACAAACAUGAUUUUGACACAAGUUAAACCUAUAGAAACUACUUAAUUCAUUUAUUAUUUUGAUUAAGUUGAUACAUUUGUGAUCUGGCACCAUAGAAAAAAAAAGAAAACUACGAUUAAUGUACAUACUGUAUAUAUACAUAUUCAUAAAAUAAUUUAACUAAUAUUUUAUUAACAAAUAACUAAGACUUAAAAACUUUUUUUUGAUAGCUAGGAAAUAUUUUUGUUUAUUAUAAAAAUAAGUGCAUCGUAACUUACUAUAAGUUAAUACAAUGUAAAAUUUAAAUGAUUAAAU